AUGACCGAACCCAAGUUGGAAGUUAUAGAAGAAGAAACCAAUGAAACGCCGAAGACAAAUGGAAAUGCUCUGAAUUUAUACGAAAAAGUUUUAGAAGGAUGCCGGUUAAAUGUAAAAAUGGCUUCGCAAAACGAGUGGAGGCAAGCGGAGAUAAUUUCGAGGUGCCGAGCUCCAAACGGCUCGAUGAAGUUUUACGUACACUACGUUGACUGUAACAGAAGACUCGACGAAUGGGUUCAGGCCGAUAUGCUCGAUGUUUCAACACUUCGAAUGCCACAGAAAGGUGGAAAGAAGGGCGCACAUUUGAAAGAAGAGAAUCGAGAUUCAAGCGAAGCAGAAGCAAAAAGAACAGGACGGAAGCGGAAGAUACCACUGGUGCCGAUGGAUGACAUCAAACAAGAACCGGCAGAUCAGAAUCAACCGAUUCCAGCUGUAACCAGCGGAUCGACACCAAGUCUUCGUGGAUCAAUGUCAAUGGUCGGACACAGUGAAGACGCAAUGACAAGAAUCAGGAAUGUGGAAUGUAUAGAGUUGGGAAGAUCACGCAUUCAGCCUUGGUACUUCUCACCGUAUCCUCAGCAAUUGACGAGUCUCGAUUGCAUAUUCAUAUGUGAAUUCUGUCUUAAAUAUCUGAAGUCAAAAACUUGUUUAAAACGUCACAUGGAAAAGUGCGCGCUGUGCCACCCGCCUGGAAAUCAAAUAUACAGCUACGAUAAACUGUCAUUCUUCGAAAUCGAUGGUCGGAAGAACAAGAGCUAUGCCCAGAAUCUAUGCCUACUUGCGAAGCUCUUCCUCGAUCACAAAACUCUUUAUUAUGACACCGAUCCAUUCCUGUUCUACGUACUAACCGAAGAAGACGAAAAAGGUCAUCAUAUCGUUGGAUAUUUUUCGAAAGAAAAGGAGUCAGCUGAUGAAUACAAUGUAGCAUGCAUAUUAGUGCUACCACCGUUUCAAAAGAAAGGAUAUGGAAGUCUGCUCAUUGAGUUCAGCUACGAACUCUCGAAAAUCGAACAGAAAACAGGAUCACCUGAAAAACCGCUAUCAGAUUUGGGACUUCUCUCAUAUCGGUCCUACUGGUCAAUGGCCAUUAUGAAGGCCCUGUUCAAGUUCAAACGAAGCCGUCCGAACGAAGAUAUAACCGUUCAAGACAUUUCAUUGAGUACGUCGAUUAAAAGAGAAGACGUUGUUUCGACGUUACAACAGCUCGACUUGUACAAAUAUUACAAAGGGCAGUAUGUGAUUGUGAUAAGUGACGAGAAGCGGCAAGUUUAUGAGAAGAGAAUAGAAGCGGCAAAAAAGAAAACACGUAUAAAUCCGCAGGCAUUGCUGUGGAAGCCAAAAGAGUAUGGAAAGAAAAGGGCGCAGAUCACCUUCUAG